AUGUACGGUGGGGGUUAUGGGAGUUAUGGGGUUUAUGGGGGUUAUGGGGGCUAUGGUGGCUAUGGUGGUUACAAUAUCAACGCUAUUUAUAACGCAGCAGUGCGGGAAGCUGCUACAGAUGCAUACAUCAAUGCUACCGUACCAGGAGGAGUCAACAGUCCCAUUGGCCAAAUAAUGGAUGAGAUGAUGGGUGGUAAUCCAAAUCCAACUGCUCAACAAAUGAUGAAUACAAUGACUGGUGGAUACGGUUAUAACCCUUAUGGCAGAUAUAUGCCAUAA